CCGACUUCCCGUAGCAGUGUGUCAAAAUGCCGGAAGUCGCGGCUAACGCCCAUGUGAAGUUCCUUCAAGUCUGGAGCUGAUGUCGCUUUAUUGUUUUAACAACACCCGCGUCAUAAACACGUCCCUUACCUCGCUGGAUGCAGCGUGCGUGCUUGCGGGAUAAAGUAUGGCAUCCACAGCGGUUUAUUCGCAUCGGGAUCCGAUGCUGAAGAAGAGGGAUGAAUUUGAAGACAUCCUGGAGGAAAGGAGGCACUCCAGUGACCUCAGAUAUGCUGUCAAGUGUUUCACUCCCGUCCUUUACAAAGGACUGGCGCCCUGCAAAGCAGACGUGCUGAAGAGUGCCACCCUUCACUCGGAUCACGUUCACUUUGUCAUCCAUCAGGUUUCCAAAGAGACGGGCAAAGAGGUGGCGGACGUCCAAGCAGAGGCGUCGGCCAUCGUGGAGGAGAUGGCUCACCGCCUGCAGCUCAGCACCAUUCGCUUCUUCGCCUUCACCCUCAGCAAGGUCUUCAAACGCUUGUUCAGGAGCAUCUGCGUCAACGAGGAGGGCAUCCAGCGACUCCAGCAGGCCAUCCAGGAGCACCCAGUGGUUCUUCUCCCGAGUCACAGGAGCUACAUGGACUUCCUGCUCAUGUCGUACAUCCUGUACACCUACGACCUCGCCCUGCCAGUCAUUGCUGCCGGCAUGGACUUCAUGGGGAUGAAAUUUGUGGGCGAGAUGCUGCGCAUGUCCGGCGCCUUCUUCAUCCGGCGCUCGUUUGGUGGCGACAAACUCUACUGGGCCAUCUUCUCCGAGUACGUCAAGACCAUCGUCAAGAAUGGCCAUGCUCCAGUUGAAUUUUUCCUAGAGGGGACGAGAAGUCGAACGGCUAAGUCUUUAACGCCAAAGUUAGGCUUGUUGACCACAGUGAUGGAGCCUUUCCUCAAAGGGGAGGUGUUUGACGUGUGUCUGGUCCCGGUGAGUAUCAGCUAUGAGAGGAUCCUGGAGGAGGCGCUGUACGCCCGGGAACUUCUCGGCGUCCCCAAACCCAAAGAAUCCACUUCAGGUCUCUUUAAGGCCAGAAAGAUCCUGCGUAAAGACUACGGCAGCAUCCAUGUUUACUUUGGUCAGCCUGUGUCAGUCAGAAGUUUAGCGCACGGCCGAGUGGACCGCUGCCAGUUCAACCUGACACCAAGACACAUCCCAGCGAGGCCCAGCGAGGAGACUCAGCGCUUCGUCAACGACGCCGCCUACAGCCUGGUGAGGGCUCAGGAGGAGAACGCUGUCCUGAAGCCGUGGGUGCUGCUGGCGUCGCUGCUGCUCCAGAAUCAGGCAGCGGCAGGGGCGGCGAGUCAGGAAGCGGCGAUGCCGCUGGAUGAGUUGACGGACAAAGCCGUGUGGCUCCGCGACCUCACCCGGCAGUACGGAGCCUUCCUCCACUGGCCUGACCACCAAGCUCCUUUAGAGGUUGUGUCCUCCAGCUUGUCCCUGCAUGGAGGUCUGGUGAGAGUCUCUGAGGGGAGAGUCCAUCUGGCGUUGGAACAAGAUCCUGCUGAGCCUGGCCGUGCUGUCUCACCGGAGGAGGAUCUUCUGGGCCGGGCAGUCCUGGUGCUCUCCUGCGCCUCCUACAGGAACCAGGCGCUGCACAUCUUCCUGCGGCCAGCACUGCUCGCCUCAGCCGUCCACCUUGCCGCAUCCAAGCAAAAACAGCACGUCUUCAACACUUUCAGCUUCCUGAGGAACGUCUUCUCCAACGAGUUCAUCUUGUGUCCCGGAGCCACCGUGCAGGAUUUUGAGGAGGCCUGCUACCUGCUGGAGAAGACUGGAGCACUGCAGGUCACUCGGCAGGAGGUUCUCGUGAUGGAAGGUGGGCAGAGAACCUUCAACUUCCUCACUGGGGCAUUGGAGCCGUUCCUGCAAGGAUACCAGGUGGUUUGUCGCUUCCUGUGUGAGGAGGCCACUGAGGCUCUGACACAGAAGUCCUUCAUACCAGCUGUACGCAAGUUCAUCAUCAAACAGCUGCUGGCAGGUAGGAUAAGACACUUGGAGGUGUUGUCUUCGGACCUGCACAAGAACGCUCUGGCAGCUCUGCUAAGACUAAAAGCCAUAAACAGAGUCCACAGAGCGCAGCAGGACUCCCUGAGUGUCAACAAGGUGAUGCUCAACUCUCUAGAAGACACUUUGGGAGGGAAGCUGCCCACUCACACGGCUGUCACGGCUCGCCUCUAACUCUGCUAAACUGCCAGCUCAUUUGCCAAAAACCACGUGAAAAAGAGCUUGAUCUUCACCAAAGGACGUGGGACUGAUGCGUGUCUUUUUUGUGUGUGUGUGUUGUGUGAAAUAACGCUCCCCAGACAGAGUGUGAAAGCCAGGUUAGAUGAUUGUGCUGAAAGAUGGAGCUGGAGAACAAUGAUGUUUACACCACGCUUGGACUUGAAACUGCCACGUCGGUCUUUGUGAUGGUAAUGUGGAGAUUUAAGAGCUGUUUUUCGGUCGUUGCUGCUGCAGAGCAUCACAGAUGUUGUGUGAUGUCAGCAAAAGAUUUGUACAAGAAAUCUGGCAAUUUAGCUCAACAUGUACUGUAUGAAAGAUGUACUUUGUCCUCUCCACUAGCUUUUUUUUUUAUCCUGCUUUUGUAUUUUGGACUAACGUGUACUUCCUACUACUACUACUACGAUGUGCGUGUGUCAUGUAUAUUGUAAUUAU